AUGUUCGCGGUAAAAGUCGCCUUGGCGGUAGUUUACUUCGGGUUGCCGUGUAGCGGACAGCACGACCCUUUCCGGGGGGUCGUCGUUUUCAAGCCGGGGGAAUAUUACGACCCCUUCGCCGAGGGGCUCGUAGCUCAGGCGUCCCAUCACGCAGAACACAAGUCGGCGGGGGUGGGGCAAACAGGUCAUUCCGGUUUUCACGUGGCCCACGGGGACAAGGGCUCCCAGGGCUACAAGAGCGACCACCAGCAUAACGUAAAGGACCACGAAAAACACGAGGACCACCACAAAGCGAGCCACCACCACGAAAAAGGCGGCCACCACGACAAACACCACGACGAGGGCGCGCACUACAAGAAGUACCAAGAGGGGAAGAAAUCGCACAAAGCGGCCAAAUUUGGCGAGAAAAAAGGCCACAAACGGGGACACAAGACCAGAGGGUACCACAACAAGUUCCACAGGGACGAGUAUCAUCGGGAGCACCGGUUCUAUGACGACGCGCACAAGGAGGGUUACCAUGACAAGCACGGCGAUAAUCAUUCUUAUUACAAGAAGAAAGAGGGAGACCACAAGAACGGAAAACGCCACAAGUCGGGUCAUCGAGGUAACAAAUUCGGCAAGAAAGGGUACGUGGACAAGGGCAAGCUGGACGAAGACCACAGGGACUUUAAGAAGGAAAGGGGGCACAAGCAGCACCACAACCACCACUCGGACUACGGACGGAACCACGGGCACCACGCAGGGAAACAGUACGGUUACGCCGGUCACCAUAAGUAUUAGUCACGCCCACUCGGGUUGUGACCAUUGUGAUAAAUUAAUAUUUGUUAUUUUUGUUAUACCGAUCUAGUUGUUAUUUAUUCUUAUAUGUUUUUUUAUAAAUGAAGAUAAUUAAACCGUCAUGGAGGUAUGUGCGCUUCU